GCGGCAGACUGCUAUCGGGAUGUGUUGCUUACUGCUGAUAUGUUGGAGCGCAAACAUGGCAUACUUGCUGACUGGAGCCAACGACUUCAUGCUAUCACAAACUUAAACUGGCUUUUGGAGUGUCACAACGUACCUAAGAGCGGCGAGAAAGUAGGGGCAGAAAAAGUAUUAAGCAUCUUCGAGCCUCGUCCCAAGGCUGUCUCAGGCAGCCCGACAAUUGCGUCACAAUCCACUGUUUCUUCUUCGUCGACUUCUGCACUGCCAUCCGCAGAAAAUUCAUUUGCAGCCAACCUGACCAGAUCAUCCGAGUCUGGUUUAUCUGGCACAUUCAGUCCUCUAGAGUUCAACCAGAAUCAUCGAGAGCUAGGCAUUACUUCUACGACAGAAAUUUGUUCGCAUAAAACCUCGUCACCUGAGACAGGCCCAUCAGAUACGUUAACUGAGAAGCAAUCCAAUUGCGAUGAGAUUGUUGCUAAGCUGGAUUCAAGGGUAGAUCAUGACCUAGUAGAAAAAGCUAAACGUCUUCGAGCAGAGUAUAUCAAGAGGCACGAAUCUAGGCUUGACAUCUACUAA